ACUGCCUUUGCUCCAGCCGCUGCCGCCGCACCACCUCUCCUUCUCUGCCUCUGACCCUCCUUCUCGCUGCUCCCCCUGCCCAGCUGCUCCUCCCACCUGGCCAUGACCAAAGCCCCUGCUGGCACCCUGGCCCAGCUCUGAGUCCUGGGACCCUCGGUCCUCUCUCCUGGGCCAUGGCCAACUCAGGCCUCCAGCUCCUGGGCUACUUCUUGGCCCUGGGUGGCUGGGUGGGCAUCAUUGCUAGCACAGCCCUGCCGCAGUGGAAGCAGUCUUCCUACGCAGGCGACGCCAUCAUCACUGCCGUGGGCCUCUAUGAAGGGCUCUGGAUGUCCUGCGCCUCCCAGAGCACUGGGCAAGUGCAGUGCAAGCUCUACGACUCGCUGCUCGCCCUGGACGGUCACAUCCAAUCAGCGCGGGCCCUGAUGGUGGUGGCAGUGCUCCUGGGCUUCGUGGCCAUGGUCCUCAGCGUAGUUGGCAUGAAGUGUACACGGGUGGGAGACAGCAACCCCAUUGCCAAGGGCCGUGUCGCCAUCGCCGGGGGAGCCCUCUUCAUCCUGGCAGGCCUCUGCACUUUGACUGCUGUCUCGUGGUAUGCCACCCUGGUGACCCAGGAGUUCUUCAACCCAAGCACACCUGUCAAUGCCAGGUAUGAAUUUGGCCCAGCCCUGUUCGUGGGCUGGGCCUCAGCUGGCCUGGCCGUGCUGGGCGGCUCCUUCCUCUGCUGCACAUGCCCGGAACCAGAGAGACCCAACAGCAGCCCACAGCCCUAUCGGCCUGGACCCUCUGCUGCUGCCCGAGAACCAGUUGUUAAAUUGCCCGCCUCCGCCAAGGGCCCCCUGGGUGUGUAAUGUCCAGUCCCCAGCCAGGCUCUGUCCCCUGCCAUACCUAGACUGUGUGUUUCAUAUUUUUUUGGAAAGAGAAGUGAACAUCCAGCCCCAA